AUGUUCUAUAGGUUGAAAUGCAAGCCGUUCGAGCACCUCGAGCGUCUUGAUCCAUUCCGGACACUAGCCAAUUCUAUCAUCGGACAACAAAUAUCGUGGAAGGCGGCCCGUGCUAUUUAUCACCGCUUCAUCAGAUUGUUCGAUCCUUCCCUGCCAGAGAAACCGCAAGAUUAUACACAGCCUAGUGAGUUCUUCCCGACCGCCCGUCAAGUCGUGAGCACGGAUCUCGCUAUCCUGAAGAGUGCUGGGCUUAGCGGUAGGAAAGCGGAAUAUGUAUAUGAUCUCGCUUCGCGGUUUGCGGACGGAAGGCUAUCGACCGAGAAGCUACUGCAGGCCGAUGACGAGGAACUGUAUAGCAUGCUGAUCGAGGUCAAGGGGAUUGGAAGGUUGAUAUGUUCGCUCUUUUCUCACUUCGUCGUCCCGAUAUCCUUCCAGUCGGUACGUGAUCUCGGCGUCCAGCGCGGUGUCAUACGCUGGUUCCUCUCUCUGCACUCCCCAUCUGCAUAUCCAAUUACUAUCUCGCCCGAGAAGCUGCCCAAGAAUCCCGAGGAGGACGAGGCAGCGAAUGGAAACAAGAACGCAGACAAGGAUGAAAGCACUUUGCCGGUUGUCGGAGAGUCCUCAGGAACUCAAUCUGCACGCGCGUCUACUCCGGAUGCAUCUUCUAUACUGCCUGCUCCGGCCACGGGGCCUACCACCCCUGCAAAGCACAAAGGCAAGAGCAAGAACUCGCGGGAUACUCAGGACGAUGGCGCAGUGCUUCCCACGCCGUUCACGCCAUCCAUCAACAAGACGCUCAACAUAGCCGCGCGAGACGUCCUCCUACAGCCGCCGCCGCCAUUGCCGGAAGGGCUGACACCCGCCAUACUGCGCAGCCGGCUUAAUGGAAAGAAUAAAAUCAAGGGUGCUCUUCUGACACCGAAGGAGAUGGAGGAGCUGACCGCCAGCUGGCGACCGUAUCGAAGCUUGGCCGUGUAUUACAUGUGGGCCUUGGCGGAACCACCGAAGUAA